UCGCUCAGCCCUCGGCUACUCUUGUCGAGCUCUCACCUCGAUUGGUCGAGCCUGAACCGUCAUGGCUGCGCCCGUGUAACCUGGAGCUACCGCGGAGCGGACCGUGGCGGCGCGGGCCCGCCGAGUCAGGAGUCACCAUGCUGCGGGCCGCGUGGCGUGCGCUGAGCUCCGUUCGUGCCCAGGCGGUGACACAGGCCCCAGUCCCUGCGCUGAGGGGCGGAAGCAGCGCCAGUCUGCCCUCGGCACGCUGCGGCCUGCAGCCUCCGAGUCUGCUGCAUGCCGCGCGUGCAUACGCCAUCCAGAAACCAGUCCAGCCCAAGCAAGAUGAUGAACCACCCUCUUCCACAUUCAUCAAAGAAUACAAGAACAUCAUCCCCAACAUGGAGAAGGUUGAUGAUGUUGUGAAAAGAAUCUUGUCUUUGGAAAUGGCCAGCAGGAAAGAGAAGUUAAAAAUCAAGCAAGAACAAUUGAUGAACAAGAUUGCGGAAAACCCUGAGGAUUCGAGAACGUUGGAGGCUCGAAUUGUUGCCUUGACUGUGAGGAUCCACAAUUAUGAAGAACACAUGCAGAAACAUCGAAAGGACAAAGCCCACAAACGCCAUCUGCUGAUGAGCAUCGACCAGAGGAAAAAGCUGCUCAGAAUCCUCCGCCAGACUAACUAUGACGUCUUCGAAAAGACAUGCAAGGAGCUGGGGGUGGAAUAUACCAUACCCCCUCUGCAUUUCCAAAAGGUUCACCGCCGCUUCCUGGCCAAGAAGGCUCUGUGCAUUCGGGUUUACCAGGAGGUGCAAAAGCUGAAGAAGCAAAAAAUGGCCUUAAAAGCAGCUGCAGUGGCUGCCAAAAAACAAAAAAAUGAGGGGGUCCCAGAGAACCCCUCAAAUGCCCUACCAGAGAAGACCACAGUGAACUAAUAAAGUCUUCCCCCUGAAGAGCGA